UUUUGCCACCGCGACCUCUGGGGCGGCAACUUGUUCUUCAGCAAAUCUCAACCUGACGCCGAGCCGGUAGUUCUAGUCGACUACCAACUGGCGCGCUAUAGUCCGCCCGCCAUUGAUGUUCUCAUGGUAGUCUACCUGAACAUCACACCACAGCAACGGAAAACGCUAAAAUAUUGGUACUACGACAGGUACUACAACUACUUCGCCGACGAACUGAAGCGACAGGAUGUGGACGCCGAGCAACAACUCAGUCGAAACGAAUUCGAACAGUCGCUAAAGUCGCUGGAGCUCUUCGGUGCGCUCUACAACUGCAUCUCAGCGCCAAUUCUGCGUACGCCGGGCGAUUAUUUGAAGAACUUAAAGCUGAAUAACCCAGAUGCCUUUCAUCGCUACACAAAUGUUGACCGCGUUAAUGAGGUGCUCGAGCUGCUGAAAUUGGAUGGGAAAUUUAAGGAGUAUAUUUUUGCGUGUAUUGAAGAAAUGAUGCAUUUGUUGUUGUAA